AUGAUCCUCUUGGUCCUGGAAAACAAAGAGCAAAAAGUAGGAACAUCUACCUUUAUAGAAGCUUUGGCAACCAAUGGUACCAACAUACAGACAUCAGUAACAGGAGUAGCGGCCAACAAACGAAGAUUUAUUGAUGAAAGGAGAGACCAGCCUUUUGAUAAAAGGCUACGAUUCAGUGUGCGGCAAACUGAAAGUGCUUACCGAUACAGAGACAUUGUUGUCAGAAAACAAGAUGGAUUCACACAUAUUUUAUUAUCCACCAAGUCAUCAGAGAACAAUUCAUUAAAUCCAGAGGUAAUGAAAGAAGUCCAGAGUGCGCUGAACACAGCAGCAGUUGAUGACAGUAAACUUGUACUUCUUAGCGCAGUUGGCAGUGUUUUCUGUUGUGGCCUUGAUUUCAUUUAUUUUAUUCGACGUUUGACAGAUGAUAGAAAAAGGGAAAGUACUAAGAUGGCAGAUGCAAUUAGGAAUUUUGUAAAUACUUUCAUUCAGUUUAAAAAGCCCAUCAUUGUUGCAGUAAAUGGCCCAGCUAUUGGACUUGGAGCAUCUAUAUUACCUCUGUGUGAUGUUGUUUGGGCUAAUGAGAAGGCUUGGUUUCAGACUCCAUAUACAACAUUUGGGCAAAGUCCUGAUGGAUGUUCAUCCCUCACAUUCCCAAGAAUAAUGGGCCUGGCGUCUGCAAAUGAAAUGUUAUUUAGUGGAAGGAAGCUGACUGCACAAGAAGCAUGUUCAAAAGGACUGGUGUCUCAAGUAUUCUGGCCGGGAACAUUCACACAGGAAGUUAUGGUUCGAAUUAAGGAACUUGUCACAUGCAAUUCAGUUGUACUUGAAGAAUCCAAAGGUUUAGUUCGUAGUAUUAUGAAGGUGGACUUGGAACAAGCCAAUGAUAAGGAGUGUGAAGUUUUAAAGAAAAUUUGGGGUUCUGCUCAAGGGAUGGACUCAAUGUUAAAAUACUUGCAGAAGAAGAUUGAUGAAUUUUGAAGAGAUGUGUAUUGACACUGGAUUGUAUUUACUUGGACAUCUGGAUUUCAUCAAUACCCUAACUGAAAUUAAAAUAAAAUAUACCUAAGGCUCCGAAAAUGUGGGCUAAAAGGUAGAGGAACAUGGUUUUAUGGUCAAGGGUUUUUAAAAGAAGUACUGUAUGUUAAGCAUUGAACAAAUGUUUCU